AUAAAUAAAUAAAAGGUCUAGGUUAUUCCGCCAUGCUCAAACCAUAUAAAGAACACCAUAAAUUGGUCCCCAUUCUCUGUCAAGUUUCAAACUUUCUUCUUCCCAUUCAUCACUUUUAGCUUUCUCAUCACUUUAGGUAAAGAUUUGAGUGUGUUCUGAGUUCUUCUUCUCUGUUUGUUUGGUUGUUUGGUUACCUAGAAAAUUUUGAGAGAGUUUUACAACAUCUUCUGUAUCUUGUUGGUUUCAUUCUCAAUUUUUAAGGUUCAACCCCAUCUGAUAUAAUUGCUGUAAAAUCAUAAUUGGGUUGCUGCAGUGACUGUCUAAGAAGGGUCAAAUUUCAUCAUCAUCAUCAUCCUCUUUCAGAAUUCUUUUGGUGUUUCAAAAUUCCAGGGAAUGCUGAAAGAUGUGCUUUGAGGCUGAGAACUAUUCCUUUAAGAUUAAUGAGCUUGUAGCUCCUCCUAUUGGGUUGCCAAUUUUCUUUAUCUAUGAUGAGAUUGGGCACUUAAAUCUCACCCCAAACCAGUUCUGUGCUCAUAUACACCACAAUAAUGUUGCAAGGAAUCCAAGGGAGCACAUCUUGUCAAAGCAUGAUGUGUGUGAAGAUGGUUAAACAAUUGACCUUUUUAGUAUAGGUAAGUAUAAUAAAGCCUCUCACUAUCAGCAUCAUAUUAACUAUAUUUAAGUAUAUAUAUAUAUAUAAUUAUAUAUAUAGUUUGUGAGUUUAGAAAUGGAGAAGAAGGGGAGUAUUUUGAUGCAGAGGUAUGAACUAGGGAGGAUGUUAGGCCAAGGAACCUUUGCUAAGGUCUAUUAUGGAAGGAAUUUAAAAACAGGAAUGAGUGUUGCUAUUAAGGUUGUUGAUAAAGAAAAGGUGUUGAAAGUUGGGAUGAUUGAUCAAAUCAAGAGAGAAAUUUCUGUUAUGAGGCUAAUUAGACAUCCUAAUGUGGUUGAGCUUUAUGAGGUUAUGGCAAGUAAGACUAAGAUUUACUUUGUGAUGGAGUAUGUUAAAGGUGGUGAGCUUUUUAACAAGGUUUCUAAAGGAAAGCUUAAGGAAGAUACUGCGAGAAAGUAUUUUCAGCAGCUGAUUUUUGCUGUUGAUUAUUGUCAUAGUAGAGGUGUUUGUCACCGUGAUCUUAAACCCGAAAACCUUUUGUUGGAUGAGAAUGGAAAUCUUAAGGUUUCUGAUUUCGGGUUGAGUUCACUUGCUGAGUCUAAGCAUCAAGAUGGGUUGCUCCACACAACUUGUGGCACCCCUGCCUAUGUUUCCCCUGAAGUUAUUAACCGAAAAGGCUAUGAUGGUGCUAAAGCUGAUAUUUGGUCAUGUGGGGUGAUCUUGUUUGUUCUGUUGGCUGGUUAUCUCCCAUUCCAUGACUUGAAUUUAAUGGAGAUGUAUAGGAAGAUUGGCAAAGGUGAAUUCAAGUUCCCGAACUGGUUUGCCCCAGAAGUACGAAAGUUGAUUUCGAAGAUGUUGGAUCCUAAUCCAAGAACAAGGAUUUCCAUAGAAAAGAUAAUGGAUAACUCUUGGUUUCGAAAGGGGUUAGAGAAGAAGCCUGUGAUUGUUGAAAAAGAUGAUGAGAAUGAACCACCAUCCCCUAUUGAUACUGAUGCAAUUUUCGGAUGCAAUGAAGAUAUGAGCUCUGCCACAACUACUACUACUGAUUUAAAGCCAGAUUUAGCAAAGCCUUGUAACUUGAAUGCUUUUGAUAUCAUAUCAUAUUCUUCAGGCUUUGACUUGUCUGGUUUAUUUGUUGAGAAUGAGAGAAAAAAAGAGAUGAGAUUCACUUCAGACAAGCCUGCUUUUGCCAUCAUUUCUAAGCUGGAAGACAUUGCCAAACGUCUGAGAUUGAAGAUAAAGAAGAAAGAUGGAGGGUUGUUGAAGCUUGAAGGGUCCAAGGAAGGAAGGAAAGGAGUAGUCGAAAUCGAUACAGAGAUCUUUGAAAUCACUCCUCACUUUCAUUUGGUUGAAAUGAAGAAAUCAAAUGGUGAUACAUUGGAGUAUCAGAAGAUAAUGAAACAGGACAUAAGACCAGGUUUGAAGGACAUCAUUUGGACUUGGCAAGGUGAGCAACCAAAGCAACUCGAGCCACCGCUACCCCCGCCACCACCACCAGCAGCUGAGCAGCCUUCAGAUCCACUCCCAGUUCAAAUUGUCAUUCCACAAGAAUCAUAAAAAUGUGCUAUGUUUUUCUUUAUUAUUAUAACAGAACUUUUGUAUUUAAGCUUGGUGAAUAAUUUGUGUGAAUGCUGUAAUAGUGUGAGCUAUGAAAUAUUACCAACUUUAUUUUUCUAGUAAAA